AUGGCGGACCAAAGCUGGCUACGAUUCCUUGGAGGCAACAGAGCUCGACAGCACGAUCUGAAGUAUCGUCGCUCCGAAGCAGCUCUACAAGACUUGUACAAAGAUGCUCCCAAAAACAAAGAGACGCAUGGCCACCGCGGGAAGAAGAGCAUGACACGACUCCCUAGCUGGCAAGGAAUAUCUCAGGCGAAUCAGGCGACUACCUCGGCGUCUGAGGCGGAAUACAGCUUGGACGAAGUAGACAAGUUGUUCAUCAACGCAGGCCAGCAGAUCUGGCACAACCCCUCCGUUGACCAAGUGGCAGAAACUUUGCAAGUUGCAGUAAUGACCAACCCUGCAAGCGAAGCGCUGUCUGCAGAGUAUCGCUCACAUAUCCUACUUCUAUGCGAAGCUUAUGGUACUCGACACAGAAAGAUUGCCAAGCUCGAAAAAGAGCUUGCAGGAGCAAAAGAAGCACUCAAGGACGAGGUAAAUCGACACAACUCCAUAGAAGAACAUUGGAUGGUCCAGGAUGCACGGUACAAAGCUGAGGUCAAACGUCUCGAGAUGUUUAUUCAUCGAAUGUCUGAUCAAGGCAUGGAGGCUGUGGCACUUGCCAGGGCCGGAAGUCUCCUAGGGGGAAGAGCUGGAGCUUCCACAGGAGGGCGAAGGGCGGUUAAAACCCCUGAAAUCACUGUCGAGAACGAGGGUAAUCCUACCUUACUAACACGCCAGGAUACAGUGUUAUCUCGAACACGAACCAUGGACACCAGCAACGAGGUCAGAUUGAGUAGAGGUUUCCGAGUUCAAGAUCACCUCAAGAAGAAGAAGAAAGCAGCAAACGGCGUUCGCCGAUUCGAGACACAUGCAGACGACGAUGGAAAGACACGUCAGGAGCAAGGCCGAGAAGAAAUGCAUUCACGAAGCGCUUCUGUGCUAUCAAUUGGUCCAGAUGGACGAGGCACAGCAGACGUGCCGCCACACAAAGGUAGUGCCAAGAAGGAGCGCGAUUCUGCCGAAAAAUCAACAGUAAUGGAGGAGGUUGGUAUUGUUAGCCGGACAAAUUCUACAUCCACAACUCUCACGCCAAACCAGUCAAGCCAGGAUACGGUUACUGAGCUCAGGUGCGAUCGAAAAGCCCACCCAAAUAAUUCUCGCCAUCAUCGUCAAUUCUCGUUUGUGCCUGAAGACGAUAUAACAGCUGUACGAUUGGGCGGGCCCAGGGCGUCAGGAAGCGCUCUGGGUAAACAAAGCCAAAACAGCCGGGUACCAACAACUAGUAGAGAGACUGGUCGUUUCUGUGAAGAGAACCGUAGGUCGAGAUCGGCCGAGUGGAUAUGGACGAUGGAGCGGCGACGGCCGGACACUGACGACAACCCCAAAGCAUCAGACCUGCGACUCUAG